CUGUGAGCCCUCCACCCUGGCAAGGUAUUCCGCAUUGCAAGGUUUUCCGCGCUUUUCCGCUCUCUCAAAGUGCCUUUUCCCCUGUACAUAUAUUUGGUGUGCGCUUGAGGGGCUUUCCCGUGCAUUGGGAGAUGACGUGUUGCCUACGACGCACCUGUUGAGCAUUGCUGAAUAACUCAAGGAGUGCCCAAAAGUUGGUUGCUAUGAGUUUCCGGACGGCAAGACCACUCCAUCGGAGUAUUUCGCAACUCCUGGCCAGCACUGAUAGCAUGAGCCUCGAGAGGGGCACAUCGAAUCCCGCCGUCGACGAUGAGGCCAGCAAUGUGACAGUCGCUUCCACGGCCAGCAAACGCGACGGUGGAUCAUCCUCCCUGGCGGACUGGAGUUGUGUCAACAACGACACUCUCUCUCCGGAUUCCGAGUACGACGAAGGGCUUGGCUUUCCGGACUCCGUCACGGCGAUCUCAAUGAUGGACGGUCCAGUACUUGUGACGUGCGAGAAGGAUGACGAAAUACCCCAGAGUGAGAUUCCUUUUGCAAAAGUGUACAAAGAGCCGCUUGGCUUUAAAUCCAGCGACAGGCAGGUCUUCAUUCCCGGCGUUGAGAUUCAAGUUAGCAUCGUGGACAAUGAGAGGAGCAGCACAACGCAUCUCCUCAAUCCCAAUCUAUACACCAUCGAGCUGACUCAUGGUCCAUUUGUGUGGCGCAUAAAGAAGCGCUACAAGCACUUUUAUGCUCUUCACCAACAGCUGCGCGUCUUCCGGACUUCACUGAAUUUUCCCUUCCCAUCGCGCACGCACAAAGAACGCAGGGCGAGCUUUAGGAAUAACUAUACGAGCCCUGAGAAGGCAAAAGAGGGCAAAGCGGGGAAGAAGAAGCGUCGUGGGGCACUGCCGCGAUUCCCCAAUAAGCCGGAUUCAUUGGUACCGGUGGAGGGGCUGCCGGCGAGGAUAAAGCAGCUGGAGGAGUACCUGUACAAUCUCGUCAGUAUCAAUUUGUACCGCAAUCACCAUGAGACGAUCAAUUUUCUCGAAGUCUCCGAGCAGUCGUUUAUUGCGGCGCUCGGGGAUAAAGGCAAGGAGGGCCCCAUUCUUAAGAGAACGGGCUCAACGCGCCCCGGGCAGUCAGGAUGUAAUUUCUGUGGCUGCUUCGCUGGGGCCUGCUGCAUCCGCUGCAGUCACUUCUGUUCGGAUAUUUUGUGCAGAAAAUGGCGUGAUCGGUGGUUCUUCGUGAAGGAGUCCUAUUUUGGCUACAUGCGCCCCAAAGAUGGAGCCAUACGGUGCAUUAUUCUAUUCGAUCAGGGCUUCGAAGUGGCUUCCGGAAUCAUUGGCACGGGCAUGCGAACGGGCUUGCAGAUUGUCACUUACAGCAGGUACUUUGUGGUGAAGACGUGGACACGGAGGAAGGCAAAAGAGUGGAUGAGUUACCUGAAGAUGGUGGCUAAUAGCCUGGCCAGGGAUUUUACGCAACCAAAUCCGCAUCAUUCAUUCGUUCCUGUGAGGAAUUCCUGCAUGGCUGGAUGGUUUGUGGAUGGAGCUGGGUACAUGAGUGCCGUUGCGGAUGCCCUUGAGGGAGCCACAGAAGAGAUCUACAUUGCAGAUUGGUGGCUAAGUCCUGAGAUCUACAUGAAACGUCCUGCAAUUGAUGGGGACUACUGGCGUCUGGAUCAGAUCUUGAAGAGAAAAGCUGAUCAAGGCAUUCGAGUCUUUAUCCUCCUUUACAAAGAGGUGGAGAUGGCUCUUGGGAUCAAUAGCUACUACAGCAAGCAAAGAUUGGCUUCAAGCCAUCACAAUAUCAAGGUGCUCCGGCAUCCAGAUCACGCACGUGUGGGCGUCUUCCUGUGGGCGCAUCAUGAGAAGAUUGUCGUUGUGGACCAAACUUAUGCCUUUGUGGGUGGAAUUGAUCUCUGCUACGGUCGCUGGGAUGACUACAGGCAUCGUCUGACGGAUUUGGGUAGUAUAGCCACCGCCAGUGCAGCUGGAAGUACAAACAAUGAUCCUCUGAGUGGAUUUGUGCCAAGUAGAAGUGCCUCAGUGCCAGUAAUGGAUGUGAGUCAUGCAGAGAAGCCUCCGAAGCUGCCAGUUUUGCAGCCAGGUGAUAAACUCCUAAUGCCCGGCACUACGUCUGACGAUGAGAUGUGCAUGGAGAAUAUGAAGCAGAAUACCCCGGAGAUGGAGCGAAGGAAUAUGCUGGGAAAAUUGCGGGAGAAUGUGCGGACAAAGGGGAAGGAUAUUAUGCAGAGAUUGACAUCAAUGGAUCCCGAUGCAAAUAGGAGUUUGCCCCAAUCACCAACGGAUCGCAAUAAGAAGUACAAUCUCACCAAGAAUAGUAUGUUCUUCAAUGAGGAUGAGAUUGCGGAUGGGAAGAAGGGCGAUAGUAUCUGUGCCCUGCCGCCGCAGAAUGAAAUUCUCACCACGCUCGAUGGACAGGCCAAGUAUUGGAUGGGGAAGGACUACACGAAUUUCAUUGCGAAAGAUUUUGCCAAUCUCGAUGCACCGUAUGUGGAUAUGAUUGAUCGUGGGGUGACACCACGAAUGCCCUGGCAUGAUAUUGGAGCUGUUGUAACGGGAGCAGCUGCCAGGGAUGUAAGCAGACACUUUAUCCAACGCUGGAAUGCCGUGAAGCUCGAAAAGGCGCGAGAUAAUCAGGCAUACCCGUACCUGAUACCAAAAACCUACAGAGAUAUCCGCGUGAAUGAGUCAUUUCUCAGCGUGGGGCUGCAGAGUGUGUCGUGCCAGGUGCUGCGGAGUGUCUCCAGCUGGAGUUGUGGCUUCAUUGAGUCUGAUGUCGAUGAGCAGAGCAUUCACGAUGCCUACAUUGGAACGAUCACACGUGCUGAGCACUAUGUGUACAUUGAGAAUCAAUUUUUCAUCACGCUCGAUCAGGGGAAUCCCAUGGUUCGCAAUCAGAUUGGUGAGAGUCUCUACAAGCGCAUCCUUCGUGCUCAUCGGGAACGCAGCGUGUUCCGGGUGAUUGUUGUGAUGCCACUGCUGCCGGGAUUUGAAGGGGAUGUGGGUGGUACGACGGGGAAUGCCCUGAGGGCGAUUACGCAUUGGAAUUAUGAAUCAAUUUCACGCGGGAAGAGUUCAAUUUUGCAGCGUCUCAAGGCAGCAGGCGUAGAGGAUCCAAGUCAGUACAUUUCCUUCCACAGCCUCCGGACGCAUUCAUUGCUAAAUUGUCAGCCCGUUACGGAGCUCAUUUACGUGCAUUCGAAGCUCCUCAUUGCGGACGACAAGGUGGUCAUCUGUGGAUCAGCCAAUAUCAAUGAUCGCUCAAUGAUCGGCACACGAGAUUCGGAGAUCGCUGUCAUUCUCACCGAUGAGGUCUUCCAGGAGGGACGAAUGAAUGGGAAUCGCGUCAAGGUGGGCGUGUUUGCGAGUGGGCUGAGGAAAUUCCUCUUCCGCGAGCAUUUGGGACUCAUUGAUCCCGAUCCCGAUCGUAUUCCCAUCGAUGUGACGGAUCCAACAAUUGAUUCCUUCUUCUGCGGUCAAUGGCAGAGAACGUCGCACAGGAAUACCAAAAUCUUUGAUGAAGUCUUCCGGUGCAUCCCCACAGAUGCAGUUACAACAAUUUCCGGGCUCAAGAAGUACGUGGAGGAGCCAUCACUGGCGAAACUUGAUCCAGGAGCGGCCCUCAAAGAGCUUCUGCGGGUUCAGGGCUAUUUGGUUGAUCUACCGCUCAAAUUCCUCGAAGAUGAAGUCCUAACGCCGCCCACAGUGAGCAAGGAAGGACUCAUCCCAACAUCCGUCUGGACAUAAAACCUGCCAAGGGCGUUCUUCGCGCUGCAAACGAUUGAGAUUCAUUUUUUUUUUACCUGCUAAUAAUUUUUGCAUAAAAUGCGAGUUAUUUAUUUAUAAGGUCAUGACGCGAUUGCCUUAAAUGCAAAAAGAGUUAACAAAGAGUAUUUAAAUAAAAUAACCAGAGAGAGAGGCCUUUAAAAUGGAAAUCAAAAGUAUUCAGAAACACACGCAAUUUUCCGAUGCCAAAAUGCAAUUUUUAUACAGAAAUGACACUUUUUUGUCCAAUAAAGUCGCAAAAAUUUAA